UCAUUUGUUGAGUUUUUGAUUUACCUUUUUAGCUGGGCAGGAUUUUUCCAGUUCAUUGAUAUACUUUUGGGGGGCUCUUUUUCAGGGUAUGACAUUAUAUUAUGUUUUUCUUCUUAGCAAUUGUAGUUGGCUUUUGUAUUUGCCUUGUUUAAGAAUCCAAACAUCAAACUGUUUUUCCCUCUAUUGAGGAAAGUGCAAAUUAUUUUAUUCUUUUGACCUUAACAAAACCUUUAUCUUCCCAAUGACUGCCUCUCACCAUACUAGAGGCCCUGUUGAAUUUCAGGAAUGUAACACAUCCAGUGCAAUUGAAGGGAUAAAACCACGAAAGAGGAAGCCAUUUGGUUUAUCAGGGAUUAUGAAAAAAGAAAAAGACAUUGAGUCCAUGGUGUGUCCAGAUACAGACUCGGUUAAUGUUCCUGAUGUAGAUGAUGAAGGAUACAGCAUUAAACCAGAAGCAUCACAGGAUACCAAAAAGAACCAUUUCUAUUCAUCCAGUGAUUCUGACACCGAAGAAGAUGAACCCAGGAGGUUCCAUGUAGAAAUAAAACCCAUCCAAUCAAAUAAUAGCUCUCAAUAUACCAUGCCUUCCUUGGAUGAAUUAAAAGUAUCUAUAGGGAACAUUGCUCUUUCUCCAGCAAUAUCUCAGAAACACAGUUCUGCACAAACGAAUCGAAAUGCAUCUAGUGAAGAGCUAACAAAAUCAAAGCUUUCUGUUCCAGCUAAUGAAAAGGGAAACAGUGACCUUGUGGCAUGGGAUCCACUCUUUAGCAGUUCUCCUGAAUCUUCUUCUUCAGCCUCUUUGGUAUCUUCAUCCUCCUCAGCAAAGCCUACAAAUCCUCUUUCUGUAGGCACCAUUGUACCCCCUCCAAGGCCUGGUUCAACACCAAAACUGUCUACAGGGAAACUUAGUGGAAUUAAUGAAAUACCUAGGCCAUUCAGCCCUCCAUUGACCUCUAACUCAAGUGCACCACCUGCAGCUCCCUUGGCAGAUGCAGAGAGCAUUUCCUCAGUAUCUUCUGCUUCCCUCAGUGCAGCAAACAUACCUACAGUUGUUAGUGAAGAUGAUCUUUUGAUUGGAACGCUUCCUACAAUUGAAAAGCUUUGUGAGACACCACCAGGUGUUUCACGUGGUCCCAGCCCUGUCAGACUUGGAAACCAGGACAUCGUGCCUGUUGCAGUAGCCCUUACUGAAUCUGUUAACGCCUACUUUAAAGGAGCAGAUCCCACAAAAUGUAUUGUGAAGAUCACUGGUGAUAUGACAUUAUCAUUCCCAAGUGGGAUUAUUAAAGUCUUUACCAGCAACCCAUCUCCAGCAGUGCUCUGCUUCAGGGUAAAAAACACAAGCAAACUAGAGCACAUUCUUCCAAAUGCACAACUUGUACACAGUGAUCAGUCACAAAGUGACUCUAGUACUAAGGAUUUUUGGAUGAACAUGCAAGCCAUAACUGUCUACCUCAAGAAAUUAUCACAGCACAAUCCAUCUGCAUCCUAUUAUAAUGUGGAUGUUUUAAAGUAUCAGGUAUCUUCAAAUGGCACCCAGUCUACUCCCUUGAAUCUUGCAACUUACUGGAAAUGUAAUGCUAGCACUACUGAUGUGAGAAUGGAUUAUAAAUAUAAUCCAGAGUCUAUGAAUGUGCCUAGUAUGCUGUCUAAUGUGCAGGUUGUGGUACCAGUAGAUGGUGGAGUAAAGAACAUGCAAUCACUUCCACCUGCAAAAUGGAAUGCAGAUCAGAUGAAAGCUUAUUGGAAAAUAUCUAGCAUUUCUGAGAAGUCUGAGAAUGGAGGUUCUGGAUCCCUCAGAGCAAAAUUUGAACUUUCAGAAGGACCCAGUAAACCAGCAACACUUGCAGUGCAAUUCAUUAGUGAAGGAAGCACCCUUUCAGGAAUAGAUGUAGAGCUAGUAGGCAGUGGCUAUCGACUUUCCCUCCUUAAGAAGAGAUUUGCCUCUGGACGGUAUAUGGCAGACUGCUGAUUAACAUGUGGAAGUCGUUGCAUCAAAGGAGUACAAGAAGCUUGCUCUGCCCUCUCUACUUUUCAAACACUAUUUUAACAUGCAUUAAUUUUUUUUUAAAAUGUUGAUCUACUCUGAGGUUUAAUCAUCAGAACAGAAAAUGCACUUUUAAAAGUAAUUUUGCAAACUUUUUAUUACUUUAUAAUAGCACUGAAAUUAACUUUAACAUUGUCUGUAAAUGAUCAUUAAUAAGUUUAUAUUUGAAGUCAAAAUAAUAAUCAGUAGUUGUAAUGAAAGUAUGAAAUUGAAUGUUAUACUGUAAAUAUUUAACCUAAAAAUAUGGGAAAGCAAGUAAGAAAUAUUUCAUCUUUCCAUAAGCAAGAUCAAUUUUUCAGAUUCUUCAACUGCCCGUUUGAAAAGAAAGCAGAGGCAAAGUCUCACAGUUUUUCUAUUGACUCAGGCCAGCUGAAUUAGAGAAGUGUAAAAAAAAUUUAACUUACUGCCUGCCUGUGUAUCGUAUAUUAUUAUAUAGGGUUUUUUUCCAAAGUGCAAUGUGUUACAAAAGUUGCAAAAGACAGAAGGGAUUUACUUCUGCAGCUAGAAAAUUUUAUGGGUGUUGUGAUUGUUUGAAUCAAUGCUGUAGAUUUAAUUUAUUUUUAUAUGAAUUGAAUAACAUUUGUGCCUUUAAAAAACAACUGUGCCUAUCCACUUUGUUGUUUACAUGAUUCAAUUCCUUUAUCAAAUUUUGGCUCUUCAGCAAGUAAGCACAGUGUUAGUAUAAUAGAUGGAACUUUAUAAAAAUUCCUUUUACUGGGAUUUAGAAAGCAGAUUUGCAAAACAAGAGGUUAUUUAAAAAGAGGUUUCAAAUACUGGUUU